AUGAAUAUCAUCUGUGGUCUAAAGUUGCUGGGCAGGAACUGUAUUUUCUCUCAUUUGGCUCCUUUGACCAAGCAGGGGAAGUGCAAUAAUCUCUAUAGGUCUUACGUGGGACAUUGCCAAGCUCAAGUCAGUUGUGCACGAAAUAGAUGCCAAAGACUGGAUUUGAGUGGAAAUACUAGAAACUGUUUUUUGACUGGAAGCCCUGACUCCUAUGGAAACUUCAUCAGUAAAGGACUGAGGUGUCUUUUCAGGGUCCGAAAUACAAAAGUAUACAAGAAUGCACACCACAGCUCAGGAAGAUUUUGCUUCCAGUCAUCACCACUACUGGGGGAGAAGAUCACACCCCCCCAGAUCAGUUCAGCAGAGCAACUCCCAUGUUGUUUUUCUGCUUGGAACAUUCAGAACAUCAGGUCUUUUCACAGAUCACCAUCAUUUCAGGCUGCACCAGUUCCUCUUCUUUGGAUUAUUGUUAAGCCAGCUCAGAAGUUAUUUGCUAUCAUUCUUGGCAGGAGCAUAAGAAAUUGGUGGAAGGCACUUCCUCCUAAUAAACGGGAACUUUUUAAAGAAAGUGCAAGAAAAAAUAAAUGGAAGAUUCUCCUGGGUGUCAGUAGCUUAGGAGUUUUAUUUGUCAUGUUUUAUUUUACUCACUUGGAGGAGACACCCAUCACUGGGCGCGCUCGACUGUUGGUCUUUGGAAAAGAGCAUUUUAGGGAACUGUCACAGAUGGAAUAUGAUAUGUGGAUGGAAGAAUUCAAAAGUAAAAUGUUACCCGAGGCAGAUGCCCGCUAUCAGGUUGUGGAGAGAGUUGUUGGUCAUUUAUCUGAAAGCAAUAAGGACGUCCCACAGGUCUCGGCACUCAAGUGGGUUAUCCACGUGGUAGACGAACCGGGUGUAAAUGCUUUUGUGCUACCGAAUGGUCAAGUGUUUGUUUUCACUGGAUUGCUAAAUGCAGUUUCUGAUAUUCAUCAGCUGUCUUUCAUUUUGGGACAUGAAAUAGCUCAUGCUGUGCUGGAACAUGCAGCAGAGAAAGCCAGCCUGGUUCACUUCUUGGAUUUCCUGUCACUCAUCUUUCUCACUAUGAUUUGGGCCAUCUGUCCUCGUGAUAGUUUGGCAGUUGUUGGCCAGUGGAUUCAGAGCAAGUUGCAGGAGUUUAUGUUUGAUAGACCGUACAGCAGAACAUUGGAGGCUGAAGCUGAUAAAGUGGGACUUCAAUUUGCAGCAAAG